AUGUGUGUCGCCACGUUAACGAUCCCGAUCCUCUUGGCUCCGUCCAUUUGCAUGUUUGACGAUAAUGUGGGAAAGAGUGAAAUCACUGGCACUUUGUUCGUUGCCUCCGGUAUUAUCACCCUCGUUCAAUCGUUCUUUGGUGUCAGACUCCCCAUAGUACAGGCAGGCACGUACGCCCUCCUAGUUCCAACCCUAUCCUACCUCAGCCUACCCCAGUGGAAGUGCCCCGAUAAUAUUGUGGAUGUCAUCGUUGAAUUCGGAAACAACGAAAGUACAUCAUCAUCGUCACUGACGUCAUCAUCAUCACCACUGACUCCUGCUGAUUACAUCAUUUCCGGCAGUGAUGAGCACAGAGAGAUAUGGAAAAAUAGAUUGAGAGAGAUUCAGGGCUGCAUAAUGUUGGCGGCCAUAUUUGAGGUGUUGGUAGGAGGGAGUGGCUUGGUGGGGUGCAUGAUGAAGUUCAUCGGCCCCCUCACCAUCUGCCCCACGGUCACUCUCCUCGGACUCUCCCUCUUCAAAUCAGCCCCACAGAUGGCCUCCAAGCACUGGGGCAUCGCCAUUUUGUGA